AUGGAAACCUGCAGUGAUGACCGUCCCGGGAUACGCAGCGCCUACAGAACUGAUGGACAUCUUCUCAACAGCAGGCACAUGCAGGCUCGAGAGCGACUAUCUACGACCACAGUCCACGAUCUGCUCUUCACCGAUGACUGUGCACUCAACACCAUGACCGAAGUGGACAUUCAACGGAGCAUGUACCUUCUCUCUGCCGAGUGUGCCAGCUUCGGCCUGACUAUCAACACGGACAAAACGGUGGCCAUGCACCAACCGCCACCCAACAUGCAACACUGGACUCUUCCUCGAAUCACUUCCGACGGUAACUAA